UGUUGAAGACAUUCAUAUUUAAAACACACAGGUCUAGAUGAUGUCUAGUAAUCUUUAGUAUAAUAUAAGUAUUUUUUUUAAUAAAAAUUAAAUUAUAUUUGUUACACGGUUUGUUUUUUUAUAAUUUUAUUAUUACUUUGUUGCACAUGGUUUUCAUCUUCACCUAAUAAAUGUUUUUGGGAAUUACUAUAUUGUCGUUUUAAAGAUUCUUCAAAACAUGACAAUUAUGUGGUGUGUAAGUCUAGUUAUUUGCAUUUCAUUUUUGCUGACAUGUGCCAAUACCGCAGGCAUCUUGUAUCCACGAGAAUCGGAAUCCCGGGAAGUAAAGUCGUUAGAUGGCAUGUGGAACUUCAGACUAUCUCUUCCUGAUCCCCUCGUUGGUUUUAAAGAACGUUGGUAUAUGAAGGACUUGAGCAAGUCGGGUCCAGUAAUUCAAAUGCCGGUGCCCAGUAGUUACAAUGACGUGAUGGUGGAUAAAAAAAUCAGAGAUCACGUCGGGUUAGUUUGGUAUGAUAAGUCGUUUUUCGUGCCUGAAUCCUGGAGGCAGCAGGGUUUUAGAGUAUGCUUAAGAUUCGGCAGUGUUCAUUAUGCAGCACAAGUAUGGGUGAAUACACAUUUAGUAAUGAAUCAUGAAAUCGGACAUUUACCAUUUCAAAGGGAUAUCACUUCCAAUUUAAAGUUUGGACGACUGAAUAGAAUAACCGUAGCUGUGGAUAACGUUUUAUUAUCAACUACUAUACCACAAGGAUCAUUACAAAAUAUUACUACGAAUAAUGGACCUAAGACUAUUCAAUCGUACACAUUUGACUUCUUCAACUAUGCAGGUAUUCAUCGGUCCGUGUUUCUGUAUACAACUCCUAUUGUGUACAUAGAUGAUGUAGAUGUGACAACUGAUUACACUGAUGAUGGCGUAGGAAUAAUUUAUUACAAAGUACAAUAUGGAGGAUCACUAAGUAGUGGUGAAGUUUUGAAUUGUUCAAUAACGGUGUUCAAUAACGAAAAUGUACGAGAAAAGUUCACUGUGAUUACAAAUGAUGCAGAGGGCCUUUCGGGUACAAUCGAAAUUGAAAAUGUACAACUUUGGUGGCCGUAUUUAAUGAAUGAAGUGUCUGGAUAUAUGUACACGUUAGAGAUUAGACUUUCAACCACUUGGAACAUGGACGACUUGUACCGAUUACCAGUUGGAAUUCGAACGAUCAAGUGGACGAAUUCAUCGUUUCUUAUUAACAACAAACCAGCAUACUUGAGAGGGUUUGGACGACAUGAAGAUUCAGAUAUUAGAGGAAAAGGAAUGGACUAUGCCCUGGUGACUAGAGAUUACGACCUUAUCAAGUGGAUCGGAGCGAACUCUUACAGAACUUCCCACUACCCGUACGCAGAAGAAAUCAUGGAUUUUGCCGACAAACACGGCAUCAUGGUCGUUGACGAGUGUCCCAGUGUUGAUACAGAUAAUUUUUCUGACAAAUUGUUGAAAAAGCAUACCAUGAGCUUAGCAGAACUCAUCAAAAGAGAUAAAAAUAGACCUAGUGUUAUCAUGUGGUCCAUUGCAAACGAGCCACGGUCAGAUCAUAAAGACGCCGAUUCAUAUUUCAAGUAUUUGGUGAACUUUGUCAAAACUAAGGAUAAAACACGCCCAGUUACUGCCGCUCUGAACAAAUGGUUCAGCAUUGACAGGGCGGGUCAACACUUGGACAUAAUUGGUUUCAAUAGAUACAGUGCUUGGUAUACUUUACCAGGUCAUACGGAGAUCAUCAAAAGCAGAGUUGAAGAUGAAGCGACCAAAUGGCACGUCAAACACAACAAGCCGGUUUUCAUGACGGAAUAUGGAGCUGACACGAUGCCAGGUUUGCAUAUGAAUCCCUCGUUCGUUUGGUCUGAAGAAUAUCAGGUAGAAUUAAUGGCUGAACACUUUAAAGCGUUCGACAUACUUCGAAGUAAAAAAUUUUUUAUUGGUGAAAUGAUAUGGAAUUUUGCAGACUUUAAAACUGAACAAAGUGUCACGAGAGUAGGAGGUAAUCGGAAAGGCGUCUUCACACGACAACGAGAGCCCAAAGCAUCAGCACAUCAUUUGAGGAAAAGGUAUUGGAGUUUGGCUAAUCGUUUGGAUGGUGUACAAGUUCCUAGCAACAUACAGUCUUACGUGAUGGGUAGUGAAUGCCAAAAUAACGUUGAGUUAUAAUAACGUUUUUAAGCAGUAGUAAUUGUUGACUAUGUUUAUCUAUGUCUUCCUAUAAAUAUGAAAAAAUAACAAAACCGUUUUUAAUAAUUAUAUUUUAAUAACUAAUAUAUU